AUGAGUGUUGUGGAUACGGAUAGUACAAUAACCAACAGCAGUUUGGAUAAAGAACUUAAUCAUCCAUUAUUAGAUGAUAAAGAAAGAAUGAUGAAAAUAAUUGCAAAUCCUGUCUAUGAUAAACUGACAGCAGCCAGAGCAUCCAAUCUUUCUCAAUUGAAACAUUUUAUACCAUACAAUAGAAAUAACCAGAAAAGAUUUAUGAAUACGAAUAUCGAUUCAAGAUUGAACAAAGUGGAAUAUUUGAAAACAAUGGAUAUAUCAUCAACUCCGGAUCCAAAGUCAAAGUGCGUAUCGUGGUCAUAUAACAAUGCAGGCAGACCGUCGAUAUCAACGACGGCGAAUACGAUAACUCAUUCCACUAGAAAGACUUCACUUUUAACUGAAGAUUUAAAAGAUGAUGCAAAAUCUCACCAAUCUUCACGUCAUUCAUCGGCAAGAAAAUCAGCAUCACGAACAAAUAAUCGUAGUGGUAGUGCCACAAAAAACGGUUCUUUUCCUAAAGAAGGUACAAUUCGAUAUAUAAUGACAAAACACGGCCUCGAAGUUCAUCGUUAUUCGGCUCAUAACUGGCUUAAUAUCGAUCUAUUUACAAAAGAUGCCUGUGGUUCUCAGGAGCGAGCAUACGCUGAUGUAAUGGACAAGAAACAUCAGUAUGAACGAUUGGCAAGAAGAAUCUAUGCAUCGGAAUAUUAUGAUAAACGACUAAGAGAACUUACAUAUUGUCGAAAAUCAGGUAUUAUGUCUCACGAAGAAUGGGCAAAACAAAGUUACCAAAUAUUAUGUGUUAAAACAUUGCUCGAGCAAUCUUUGAAACAGGAACAACAGGCUAUGUUAGCCGAUGAAAUGGAGAAUAAUGCAAAACUAUCACAAAAAGCUUAUAAACAAUGGAAAGACUCAAAAUCAAAAGAAAAAAUAAUGGAUAAGUCUAUCUAUAAUAAACGAGAUUUUUUAAACGAAAAUAAAACUUUAGCAUUAAAACAUCGUGAAUUUGUAACAUCGACAAAAUUACGACCUAAUAAUCAGUCUUCCAGCAGACCAACAACACGACAUAAUACAACAUUACCAAAUAGUAACGAUAGUUUUUCAUCUGGUUUCUAUGAACCAUCAUUGGUUAAAAGUGAGACAUCCAAUCAAGAUACAUAUACAACUGGUAUAGAAAAAUCAUCGAAAAAGCUACCUGAUCAACCACCACUACAAAAUUCAAAAAAAACAUCAAUAUCAGUAUCAACAAUUGAAUUAUUGCAAAAUGACAGAUGGUCACUGCAGGCAAUGUUAAAGAGGGUUGUUGGUUUGGAACCAUCUGUAGCACAAUUGAAACCAUCCACUAAUAAUAGUACAACACCCUUAAAUACUACGGAAGGAUACCAGAGCAGAAGGAAACAAUCACCGUUUACAACAAAUAGCGACAGUGGUUUCGAAUCGCUAAAUUAA